AUCCUGGUUUCGUUAAGUAAAGGUAAAUACGUUCGAACGUCUGCAGGUUGAGCUGUCCCCUCACCCCACCAACCCACCCCGCCUGGAGCAACUCCGCCCUGGACUUCUUCACUUCCUGCAGCGAACCACCACCGUUUGCAAGACUUUGUGCUCUGCAACAAGCUUGCCUGGAACAGAAACCUAACUCCAACUGACCGACUAAUACAAGAUGGACGUCAAAACAGUCGAGUUCACGCCUUUCACCGACCAGAAGCCUGGCACCUCCGGCCUACGCAAAAAGGUCACGGUCUUCCAACAGCCCCAUUAUAGCGAGUCUUUCGUUGCGAGCAUCUUGCUGUCCAUCCCUGAGGGCGCCGACGGUGCCUUCCUCGUCAUUGGCGGCGAUGGCCGCUUUUGGAACCCCGAGGUCAUCCAGUUGAUCGCCAAGAUCGGCGCGGCGUAUGGCGUGAGGAAGCUCCUGGUCGGGCAGAACGGUAUCCUGUCGACGCCGGCCGCUAGCCACAUCAUCCGAAAGCGCAAGGCCACGGGAGGUAUCCUCCUGACCGCCAGUCACAACCCUGGAGGACCCCAGAAUGACUUUGGGAUCAAGUACAACCUCGCGAACGGCGGCCCGGCGCCGGAGUCGGUGACCAAUAAGAUCUUCGAGGCUUCCAAGACGCUGAAGUCGUACAAGAUUGCCAACAUACCCGACAUCGACAUCUCGACCGUUGGCAUCAAGACAUACGGAAACCUCGAGGUCGAGGUGGUGGAUAGCACUGCCGACUACGUCGAGAUGCUCAAGGACAUCUUCGACUUUGACCUGAUCAAGAAGUUCUUCGCCACCCAUCCGGACUUCAAGGUCCUCUUCGACGGCCUCUCGGGUGUAACUGGACCCUACGGCAAGGCGAUCUUCGGCACAGAACUUGGCCUCGGCCCCGAGUCAACACAGAAUUGCGACCCAUCACCUGACUUCAACGGUGGCCACCCAGAUCCCAACCUCACGUAUGCGCACGACCUGGUCGAGGUGGUGGAGAAGAAGCAGAUCCCUUUCGGUGCGGCCUCGGACGGUGACGGCGACCGCAACAUGAUCUACGGCGCAGGUGCCUUCGUCUCGCCUGGCGACAGUCUGGCCAUUAUCGCCCACCACGCCAAGUUGAUUCCCUACUUCAGGAAGAACGGGGUCCACGGCCUUGCUCGCAGCAUGCCCACAUCUGGUGCCGUCGACCUGGUCGCCAAGAAACAGGGCCUGGACUGCUACGAGGUGCCGACCGGGUGGAAGUUCUUCUGUGCUCUGUUCGAUGCCGGCAAGCUGUCCAUCUGCGGCGAGGAGUCCUUCGGCACCGGCAGCAACCACAUCCGCGAGAAAGAUGGGCUCUGGGCCAUCGUGGCCUGGCUCAACAUCAUCGCCGGCCUCGGCAUGGCCAACCCUGGUGUUGCGCCAAGCAUCAAGCAGAUCCAGAAAGAUUUCUGGAUGGAAUAUGGCCGGACCUUUUUCACCCGAUAUGACUACGAGAAUGUCGACGCGGACGGGGCAGGCAAGGUUGUGGGCGUCUUGAAGGAUCUGAUCGCCGAUCCGAACUUCGUCGGUAGCAAGAUUGGAGACCGCACCGUGACCAAGGCGGGCAACUUUUCUUACACCGACCUGGACGGUUCUGUGUCGAAGAACCAGGGUCUGUACGUUUGCUUCUCUUCCGGAAGCCGGAUCGUGGUCCGGCUCUCAGGAACCGGCUCGUCGGGCGCCACCAUCCGCCUGUACAUCGAGCAGCACAGCAGCGACCCCGCUACAUACGACAUGGACGCCCAGGAAUUCCUCAAGCCCGAGAUCAAAAUGGCCACGGAGCUGCUGAAAUUCAAGGAGUUCGUCGGCCGGGACGAGCCAGAUGUGAAGACCUAGUGGGCACCGGUCUGCGAGCAGGAGCGACCCGCGGGCAAAGGGAUGCGAUUGCGGGCCACGCAAGGAUAGAUGACAAAAG